AUGUUGUUUUAAUCAAUAAAAAUAAUCAGUUUCGGUGCUGAUUAUGAUAUCCUCCAAGAAUUUAAUGACUUCUCCAAACAAGAUAAACCUUAUAACAAAUAUUAGAUUGUUGUCAAGAAAAAUGAUCAGGAGUCUAAAUAAAAAUAUAUCGCUGCCUACUACCCUUUUAAUAAAUAAUAAAGGGAUAUCAUCGAUAUGUUUUACUUAGUGAAAUAAAUAAAAAUACUAAAUAUUAUAAAUAAAGAAGACUUUUAUCAUGAGGAUGAUUAAUUCAUUAUAGUCUAUCCAUUUUUAUAAAAUUACUAGUUAAGUGUUGAAUCAAUUAAACAUUUGGAUAAGAAUACGAAGGUUUCUAUCAUGGUUUAACUAAGCAUAACCCUUUUAGAAAUGGCGAAGAGAAAAAUUCCUUUCAAUAUUACAAAUCUAAAUCAAUUAGUACUCAUCGACGGAAUAGUUUUUAUCAAUAUGCAAGAGUUUCAUUAUUAUGAGAAAUCAACUGAUACAUAAUCCUUGAAUUACUUAAAACAAUUUAUUAGGAAUAACUUUCAAUUAAAUGAAAUUUAAGAAAUUGAUCAAUUUCAUUUUGAAGCCAAUACAAUAGAAUCUUUCACUGAAUCCAUUUUGUCAACCUUCAAUUUAAUAGUUAAGGAUUAUGAAAAUGCCUAAUAUUUUAAAGUUUUCCAACACAUUUUUAAAGUGUCCAACUAUACACAAUUGGCUGACUAUCAAGCAAAUUCUCAUAUUUACAAAUUCUAAAAAUUACCAGUUUUUGAAAAGAUUUUCAGCUUCCCUUUGACUUAAGAUAUAAUAGCUAAAUCCACAAAAAUCUAAGGAGAAGAGGAUCAAGAUAUUGAAGAUGUUAAAGUCAAUAUCACAAGAGAAAUUUAAUUAAUGGAAUUAUUUGAAGUUAAUCAUGAAAUAGCUGCUUGUUUUAAAUAUAUAAGGAUCUUGGAUCAAUCUUAUUUAUUUAUGAGAUAUUAUUGUAAGAAUCUGAGAUAGUAUUUCGAAUUAAUGAAUUAAAAUCAAUCUGUUUAUUUUACAAAAUUAAUUGUUUAUGCAAUUGCUUAUUAGUUCAUUAAAGGAUUAGCUCUUUUGCAUUUUGCAGGAAUUAAACACAGAGAUUUGAAGCCAGAGAAUUUGUUUUUGACCAAUCAAAAUAUUCUUUACGGCCAAAUUCACAUCGCUGAUUUUGAUAGAUCCAUAAUUCAAUAAAAAGACAACUAAGGCUUAGAUAUUGAUUAUUUUGAUCAAACCAAUACACCAGAAUAUAAUCCUCCAGAAUAACGAAAAUUAAGAGACCAUUCUGUUGAUAUAUGGCAAUAUGGAUUAACAAUAUACGAAGUAGCCAAUAAAGGGUAAUAUCCAGGAGCAAGAAUCUGUCUUGAUUUUAAUCAAUAUUAUUCCCCUUAAGUCAUAGAGGGAAAACUUUAAUAAUACAAUUAUGAUAAAGAAUUUAUGGAUGUAAUUAAGUAGUGUUUAAAAGAAGAUCCAUAAUAACGACCAUAAGCUAGAGAAAUUGAAAGAAUAAUGUAAAAAUUAUACGAAAAAGAAUAAUCAAAACAGGCUAAAGGUCCCAAGCUUUUUUCAAGUUAAAGUUUUAAAUGGCAAAAAAGUCAACAAAUUGAGGAGCAAGUUGUCAGUGAUAUAUGA